CACAAUUUUCAGGCGCGAGUUGAGAAAGUUGGGCAACACCAGAGUCUCUCACUCACACACACUUACGGACCGGUUGGUACACACUGAUCGUGAAAGAUGAUCGGACAGAAGAGCAUCAAGUCUUUUUUCUCUCCUGCAGGGAAGAAGCGAGAACUCGAUGAGCUGAAAGGCAGAGAACACGUGGCCCACGGGAAGAAGCUGAAAGUUGAAAGAGGUGACGACGAGCCGCUGAGUCCGGAGCAGCUCGAGCGGAUCGCCCGAAACAAAGCGGCGGCUCUUGAGCGCCUGUCGUCCCGCCGCGGGCCUGCGGGUGUCGGGGAGAGCUGGAGCCGCGCUCUGGGUGCCGAGUUCAACAAGAACUACUUCACAUCGUUACUGAACUUUGUGGAUGAUGAGAGGCAGAAACACACUGUGUAUCCACCUCUGGAGCAGGUGUUCACCUGGACACAGAUGUGCAAGAUUGAAGAUGUGAAGGUGGUUGUUCUCGGUCAGGAUCCAUACCACGGUCCGAAUCAGGCUCAUGGCUUGUGUUUCAGCGUGCAGAGACCUGUCCCACCUCCACCAAGUUUGGUGAACAUGUAUAAAGAACUGGAGUCGGACAUCAAAGGCUUCCAGCAUCCAGGCCACGGAGAUCUGACAGGAUGGGCGAAGCAAGGGGUUCUGCUGCUAAACGCCGUGUUGACGGUGAGAGCGCAUCAGGCCAACUCGCACAAAGACAAAGGAUGGGAGACGUUCACGGACGCCGUGGUGCAGUGGCUCAGCACCAACCUGGACGGCCUGGUCUUCAUGCUGUGGGGCGCGUACGCGCAGAAGAAAGGCGCCGCGAUCGAUAGGAAACGACACCACGUCCUCCAAGCAGUUCACCCGUCCCCGCUUUCCGCACACCGCGGCUUCUUUGGGUGCAAACACUUCUCGAAGACUAACGAGCUCCUCCUGAAAUCUGGGAAAAAGCCAAUAGACUGGAAAGCGCUGUAAGUUCGGCGACCUCGAACCAUAACACCGUUCUGCCUGUUCAGGAAGCUCUUCACCGCGACGCGACGGCCUGUGUGCUGAUCCGACGCAGGUGUACACUAUUUUACACUGUUACGCUACAGCCUCUCGUUCCUCUUCAAUGAAACAAGGUUUCAUGUUAACAGUAUUUUUUGUAUGUUCUAAUUGUUGUGUUGAUCUGCAAUUCUGUUUUUUUUUUUCCUGAAACCUUGUGUUCUAUAGCGUUUCUUUUCUUUUCUUCAUACACUUGCACUUUCUUCAAAAACUUGUUCGUUUUUUAUUCUUUUUCAAAGGAUGUUUCUCUUAAUAAACUUGAUUAAACAAC